AUGUCAACCAUUUCACAAAGCGCGCGUCGGCUUUUCCGAUCGCAAAACCUUUCGGCAUUCAAAACAUACUCGCCCGCAGCGCCUAUUGCGCGUCUUCACCAACAAGGCCCAACACGGUCGGCAGUGGUUCACAACCAAGCACUCCCUAGCCAAACAGAAUCACCCCCAUUCCUUUCUCAAACUCAGUCACAAUCACCACCUGUGGCUCAAUCACCGCACCGUGAAUCUAUAACCCUUGAAACCCUCGUUUCCCAAAUCCCUCUCGUUCAAACCCUUCGCGAAACCCACAGCACCUACAAGGAAACACGUCCCCAUCUCGCAAUCCCAGCACCCAUCCGACAGCAUCACUUCGUGGGCGGGAGCUUGGCCGGUCCAGGCAAGCUUGCUUUCGCACCUUACAUGUGGUUAUCGACCGACAAGAUCGAAGCACAAACCGAGAACGCCGACCGAGCCAGCAGCGUUGUAUCAGUAUUCCACAUCGGUCAAGACCUAUGUGGUCACCCUGGAUUUGUUCACGGUGGUCUGCUCACUGUUCUCUUCGAUGAGGUGUUUGCGCGCUGCGCUUCUGCUGUUUUACCCAGCGGGCUGGGUAUGACGGCUAAUCUCAAUGUGGAUUUCCGAAAACCGGCUCUUCCCGACCGGAUGUAUGUGCUGCGCACUAAGACGGUUAAGGUUGAGGGUCGGAAAUCUUGGGUUGAGGGUCGGAUGACUUAUCUUCCUUUGACUCUCCCACUUCCUGCGGACUCCACUGGCAUUGUUUCUGAUCCUAGUCUGCUACGGGAGGAUAGUGAACGUGCGGUAAUGGUUGCUGAGGCUAAGGCUUUGUUUAUUGAGCCUAAAUUUGCGGAUUCCAUGGUGAAGAUUUAUUCGAACUAG